UGGCAGCGCGACUCGACCACUCAGCGCUCGCCGAUGUGCGCUUUGCAUCACUGGCAACAGCUAAGAGCUGCCUCAUCCUGGGCACUGGAGCUACCCUGGCCCGACCUACGUGUUCGAGUACUGGUACUUGCGCCGGCAGGGAGGGGAUCCGACGACGACUUGUGCGCACUCGAAGCAAUUGGCGCUGUCCAAGGCUUUCCAAGUGCCAUUACUCGUAGCUGCUUGUUGAGAUGUAGGGCUGCUCGCCGGGACGACAAGUACAUGUACAUUUGCUGGCCAACGAGCACGGGCGGCUUACUUGCAGUGACGCGACUGACAGCUUGGAUGAAUGGAGAGUUUCCAUCCAACAGAACCUAACCUGAACCUUACAUGUGAGUGAGUGCGAGUACGGCACGGCAGUCUUGGUACCUCGCUGCAUCCGGGAUGCAUGUACAUACGUGACUUGUCGCCCGUUGGAC